AUGGCUUUUGCUGCUGUGUGGUAUGUGGAAACUAGCAGCGAUAAUUUUUUGUUGGACUGCUAUGGGCCGCAACGACAGCAUCGUAGUCGAAGCAAACUUUUAUGGGCGAUUACAUACGUUGAAACAACUCGAAAGGGUUGGUUGGCCAGGGACCGUUUGGAAGCCACGGAUGUUGUCGUCAUUGUUGGGCGCAAAAGUAUAUGGUUUGGCGCUAGGCCAGGAAUUUUUUUUAGUGCAGACUAUGUUUAUGGUGUUUCUAUUGCUUCCUGUAGUGCGUGUGUCUGUGUGAUGUCGAUGAUUUUAACGUUGUUGUGUCACGAGGAGUACGGUAAAUUAUGA